UAACUUCCAUUCACAAAAAAAACUUCACGCGUCCUGACUACACGCGCGCUGUCGGCUUAUUUAUUUCGCGCUGCUGGGAAAAAAAAAAAAAAGUUCUGGUGCUGUUGUCUGUGUGUUCUGGUGCGGGUCAUCACGGCGGACGGGCUGAGCGAGAGAGAGCGUCUAUUUGGGGGGUGUGACAGCACCCUCCGUACAGCUGUGCCGGGCUUGUUUAUGAGCUGAACAGGUUGUUCUCCGGAGCGGUACCGGGACAGGAUACGCACCGCGACACGCACAAGAGACGCUGACGGAGGAGUUUUCUGGUCGGAACCGCUGCCCCGUUUGAGCGCCCCCCACCCCCUCAACCUCAACCCCCCCGAGCCGGUGCGAGCGGUCCGGCGUUUUUGUUGACAUUCAUCCAUCAAACAUGGCAACUUAGAGGAGCAGUGAGUAGCUGGAGCCGGACUUUAUGUGUUUAAUCCAAACUUCUGCGUGUUUCGUGUCGUUUGGACCUCUGCGGUGAUGUGAAGUGUCGAGCAGACGAGCAGACGGGGAGAGGAAGCGGGAAAAAAAAAGAAAGAAAAGAAACUCUUGUAAUUCGGUCGCCUCAAAGAUAUUAAUCCGCGUUGAACUGGCAACAUGUUGUUGGAUUUAUGUAUUAAGGGUGACGUCACUGCAUUGAUGUAACCGCUCUGACAGACGGGAUUUUUUUUUUUUUUUUUUUUUUUUUGCUGGAAAAGUGCUGAGUCUGCUGAUCUCGCGCGAGCACAAUUGAGAGGCUUGUGUAUGACAUGAAUGACAAACAGGACAGGCCUUAUGUGUGCGGCGCCCCGGGCUGCUCUCAGCGCUUCCAGUUAGAGGAGCAUCUGAUCAUCCACAGACACAAACAUGAGAUGACCCUCAAGUUCUCCUCCAUCAAGGUGGACACAGCUUUCACAGACCAGACUCCGACGCCGACACGAUUUCUGCAGAACUGUGAAGAGGUCGGUCUGUUCAAAGAGAUAGAGGAGGAGUUCCUUCAAGCACAAGAAGAGGAAAAGAGCAAACAGACGCUGUCUCAUAAUGGGCCCUCCUGUACGAACCAGCUCAAACCCCAGCUCCAGCUGCAGCACCCCCAGCCGCCGCUGCACCACCCUCAGACCCACCCGCUGCAGCACCCUCAGUCUCAUGGCACCAUGAUGGCCUCCAGCUGCAGCCUGGCAGCCCAGCAGGUUCUGUCCUCCUCCCAGUCCGGUUCUGUCAUCACACAGGCUCCCUCCAUGCUCACACACUCAGGGCCAGUUCCCGGGCCGCUGUCCUCCCUCCUCCACAUGAGGAACAGACACCGACAACCGCUGCCGGCCUCCUUACCUGGCACCCUGCCGGACCCCGCCAUGCAAGGGGCAUCUGCUCAGCACAUGCCCAUAGAGAAGCAGAUGUCAUGUGUAAUGGGUAUACCAGGUCCGGUACACAACCCUUCCUGUUCCUCGCCUCAGAGGUCCAAACAGACGCUGAGCCACCAUCAUUUCCAACAGCACCACCCGGGAAUGGUCGCCAUCAACAACCCCGUGACGUCGAUGGGUCACAUGAUGGAGAUGAUGUCGCAGCGUCACCAGGCGCCUCCGCUGCAACACCAUCCUCAUCCUCCUCACCACCAUCAUUCGCAGCUCCCAGCUCCACCCCUCACCUACAACCAACAGCGCUGUCAUGCUCCACCUGCACCUCCGCAGCAUCCGGGUGGCGCCCACAGCCACCAGCUUCACCAGUCAGGGAAUGUGAAUGUACCGCACGCUCAGGCUCACCAAUCACCGCCUCCGCACCUGCACCAGGGCUCUCCACCUGCACCGCCCCUGUCAGUGCCUCCACAGUUAUCCCCUGUUGCACAGCAGAUGCAGCCCUCCCACUCCCAGCAUGCACUUCAGGCAGGUGGUAACUGCAGCGGUCCAGGAGGAGGAGGAGGAGGAGGAGGCAACAGACGCAGGAGGACGACAGAGCACGACCCCGACGAGCGCAGGCAGAAGUUUCUGGAACGUAACCGGGCUGCAGCCACACGCUGCCGACAGAAAAGGAAACUCUGGGUGUCAUCGCUGGAGAAGAAAGCCGAAGAGCUGACGCACACGAACCUGCAGCUACAGAACGAGGUGACGUCGUUGAGGUCGGAGGUGGGUCAACUGAAGCAGAUUCUGCUCACCCACAAGGACUGUCCUGUCACCGCCCGGCAGAGAGAGGCGCAGGGGUACCCCACUGCAGGGGUGAGCCCUGGAGGAAGUCCCUCCCCUGUAGGUCCUGGGUCUCAUCUGCAGGCCAUCCAACACAACAGCAUCUCAACCUCCUCGACAGCCGGAGGCGACACAGGGCACGACCCCCAGCCCGGACGCUAGCCGUGUAGAGGAGGGGGAGGAAUUAUCUUUCUCUGCCGUCACGCCACUAAAGUCUCACUCAGCUGUGGAUCUGACGCAUUGUAGAUGAAACACUGAACUGGAUAGGUGACUUUAUGAAUCCAUGUGAGCACUGAGGUAUCUUUCAAUCUUUUCUUUUUCUGGGUCGAGAGGAGACCAGAACCACAUACUGAUACAUUUCCAUAAUAGGUGCAGAAAACGAGCUUCGUUAAAAAAAAACAAAAAAAAAAACUGUGAUGGUUUCAUGGCAACUGGAUCCUGUGUUUGUUCACAAAGUGUCUAACCAUUGCCUGCCACCCACUGACUAUGCACAUAAACAGUCAUAACACAUUGUUUCGGUAUUCUUGCUCUUAUAUCUUGCACUAAUUUUGACAAACGCCUAUAUAUAUAUUAUAUCAGUUUUAUAUUUCUAACUGGGCGUCUGUGAGUGCACACCUUAUGCCUUCUCUUCGACGCAGAAGCAGCUCGUCAGAAACUGUAUUUUUCUAUGAAUAAUUAAUACUAAGAAGAUAAAAAAAACUGUUGUUCAAAUCAAACUCAUGUCUCGUCUCUGAAAGCCAUUUGAAACGUGAUUGUACAGUAUUUCCUUCCAGGCACUUUUUUCUAACUUGCCCUCAGACAGUAUAUAUAUAUAUAUAUA